CUGUUAACCGUGCGAAUAAUUCCAAGAGAAAUGUAAUUCUCAGUAAAACGCGCAAAAUUCGUAAUGGACAACGUUAUUGCGUGCAGAGGAGCCUAAGAGAAACUAAGAAUACUCGUACAAUACUUAACCAAGCGAAUGGUAAGGGUCUUCUGUGAAGGUUAACCGGCCUCGGCGAGCAAGAUGAUUCAACCUGACGACAAAAGCAGCAAGGAGCUGCUCACACGGCGGAUCUUCCUCGCCGUCGUCUCGAGUGUAACUCUGCAAUUCUUCUUCGUCUGCUGCCUGGUCCUGUUCGCGAACCUGAGCACGGACUACGUCCACUGGCUCCAGGAAACGUGGUCGAUCGUGACGUCGCUGCGAAUGUGGACUUUUCUCGUCAUCUUCACCACGGUGGUGUUCCUGCAGGCUGUUUUCUGCAGGAGGGUCUACCUGCACACCCCACCGUACUACAAGAGCAGGUUCACCAAGCUGCUGGCGACCUUCACGGCCCAAAAUCUCUACCUGGGAACGCUGUACGUCAUCAUCGGCGGCAUCUUGAUCUGGUUCCACUUGUUGCUGAAAGGAGGAAGGUACAGCUCCCUCAUCGCAGACUGCAGCGUGAUACACGGAACGUGUUUGGUGGAGGAGUACUCCUUCCUGUUAUUCAGCGGCCUGUGGAGCGGACUGUACUUCUCCUUCAAGACCCGUAGCUCUAUCGGGAGAUACUUCCGCUUCCCCAUCAUUGCACAGUCCAAGUUCUUUCAGUUUAGACGGAGGAUUUACACCGCGCUACCGACGCUGAUGCUUUCCUCCCUGUGGUCAACUCUGUACUACAUGACUGUUUACUACUUCGUGGGGUCAUACUGCCAUAUGGUGCUGCUGUUCACGAUUUCUAUGCAAGCGGAAGUUGAAUUAGACACUAUGUCCAUGUUGUUGAACUUGUCACUAAUAUUGCAGUUGUGGUUUUACCAGUUCGUGUUCGUGCUGACGAUAAACAGCACGUAUCUGUUCUUCGAAGUAUACCUGACCGAGUGGACUCAGUUUAAGUUUGGACUGAGUGGCGCGCUCAGUACAGACGGCUCGGAAUUGACGCUUAUUGAAGCCCUGUCAAUGGACAAGAUACCGAUAAUGCAGCAUUUGGGCUACUUGGACCUGGUCACCUUGGCCCAGAAGGAGAAAGCAAGAAGGGCCACGUUGUUCACACUCAGUCAGCCGGGCGGUCACCCAUACAAUUGGAACUGCGUGGUGCAGAGGUGCACGGAUCUCCUCAACAAGUUCUCGUCGGAUCUCAACGCUAUUUCCGUAAAACCGCAGCCCCCACUGACCUGCUACGGUAAGAGCGUGUUGACAACGAUGGGUAGACCUACUCAGCAAAAGGAUCGCGUGUAUCACAUGCGGAAGUUGGUGCCAGACGUUGCGCCGACGUUAACAGCGGUGGAAACGAUCACGCAGGAGACCUCUUACACCGGCCUGCUUGCUCAGUUCGUCAAGCAAAAACGCGACGCUUUUGUAACGUACCUUCUCUCUAAACCACUUAUUAAUUACAUUUUCGGCGAGCAAGACGAGAAUAAAAUUCGUUACGUUUUAUUUAAUAGUCAGCCAGUGAUGUGGGCUGCCGAAGCCAUUUCCUCUCUGUCGGUGUUCUCGUUGACCGAGGACCACCACGGCAUUGUGCAAAAAGAUAUACCGACUAUCGUUAACGCUUUGUUGUCGGUGAAGCAGGCUCUAGAUAAACAGCAGAAGUCAGUUAUACUAGCUAGACGACUGCAAACGGAGGACAAGUUGAUUAGGGAAAUUUUCACGUCUCUACGAAGUGCGAUCAAGCGUAGUCUCUAUAGAAUUGUUACAAAUUUCGAACCGUACAUCAAUGACUUGUGCCUUGAAUCCGCAGCAGUAGAGCAACUGCAAAGUUUUCUUAAUUAUAAAGAAUAGUAAAUAUUAUGAUGAAAACAAUGUACGUUCACGUAAUCUUCCAGAUUGUCGAAUCGCCAAAAAAUAAUGCAGUUUAGCUUCGAAUUGUACGAAGGAUUACUUUUUCUACUGGUUAUUACAUUUAUACGGUACAACAUAAACUACAAUUUACCUCGAUCGUAUUUCACGUUUGCGGAAGAAAGAAAAAUUUGUAUUAAAAGAAGAUGUGAUCAUGAAUGUAUUGAAGCAGACCUGUAUGACGCGUGGAAAUGCAAAAACAAUUAAAAAUAUAUCUCUUUGUACACAGAUAUAUUUCUCUUAACACUAACUUGUAACAUAUGCGGUACUCUUUACAAUAAAUGGAUAUUUUUUC